AUGGGCAAAACUGAGGGUCAGGCCCCUGCCCCAGCCCCAGCCCCAGCACUUACCUCUAUACCAGCUAAAAGGCCUUGCCACUCAGAAGUAAGAUUCUCAGUUGAGCACUGGAUUAGUAAUGCUUUAAUAAGACUGGAAGCAGGAGAACAACUUUCAAGGGACAGUUUCCAUGGACUGAGCCAACUCCUCAGACACUUUACUUCAAAGGGAUAUUUGAAAUGGAUGCAUCUGUACAAUCUUAAAGCCAUUGCUAAACACCUCCAGCAGAACCUACAGAUAGGUCACAUAGAUAUAUCACAACCCUAUAAAGAUGUUUUGAGUCUAGUACACUUAAAAGUGAUCCCUCCAAUUAGAAGAAAAGAAAUGGAGAGCUGGCUAGAGCCAUUCCCUAUCCCUGAACCACCCAGCCCUGCACCAGUGUUACCAUCAACUACCAAGAGAAUUCAAGACCCAAAGGCUAUAACUUGGCAUCUUUUAGGAGAGCCUUACAGGAGUGCAUGGGCACAGCAGUUAUCCAAUGUUCUCGAAGAGAUGGAAGUGUGACCUUUUUAUCCUGCCACAAGAGACUUUUUCACAGGUGCCCAUACCUCUGUGGAAAAACAAACUCUAGCACUGAGGUUUCAGAAGGAUCUCAGGGCUUUUAAGGGUAAAGGCAGGCCCCUCAGGUUGCCCCAGCUGCAGAAGAAGGCACAGCCCAUCUCUAAAGAAAAGGAAGAGCUGCCUCAGUGGGAGACAUUUGUGGCAUUGUACCGUGUUUUGCGGGUGUUGCAGGAGCGAUAUGCUAAAGACAGUGCUGCUUGGAUGGAUCAGUUCUACCGUCUCAUGGACCUGUACCAACUUAAGUCCCCCAGAAUCCAGAGGCUGCUACUAGAGUUGCUGCAGAGAAAGAAACUCCAACCACAAGAGACCAUCUACAAAAAGGCCCUGAAAACCAAGGAGUUGGUACUUGGUGAACGGUUAUUCUAUGGCCUGUUUUGUGGUAGUUCUCAUGUCCCUGCAGGUCCCCUUGAGUUCCAGAAUGUUGUACCCUCGCCUGGGCAGAAUAGGGUGCAUACUAUCCAACCUGUGGGCAUCACCCAGUAUGGGUUCUUAGAACUUGCCUGGAAAAGGCUACCACAAGUCAAUCCUUACCGAAUUGAGAGGCUGCCCAAUAUCUCUACUCCCACUCUCUGA